AUGGCCGUCUCCACUGCGCUUCUGUACACCUUUAUAGUCCUCAUGGCCGCUAUUAUUGCUGUCAGUAUCAUCGGGAAUCUACUGGUCAUCCUGGCGGUCUUCCUGUGCCCCAGUCUCCGCAAGCGUGACAACAUCCCCCUGGCGAGCCUCAGCGUCUCCGACCUCCUGUUCACCGCCUUACACCCUCCCAUGUGGAUCGUCGCCCUGCUGAAGCCCGAGUUCCGGCUGCCGUGGGGUCUGUGUGUCCUGCAGUCCUACACCACUCCGGUACUGUGGGGAGUGUGUCUGUGCCACAUGGGGUGCAUCGCCGUGUACCGGUUCUUCCGAGUCCUCUACCGGUACCGUUUCCCCGCCAUGAUCUCCACAAAGGCCAUCUGCAUCAAGGUCACCCUGGCCUGGCUGGUACCGUUUCUCUCCUUCAUCCUGAUCCAUCUUAAUCCUGCACGGGACGUCAAGUACGAUGACAAGAUCAAACACUGCGCGGUGGUUCAGACAAGCAGCACACUGGCUAAGGCCAUCGCAGGGCUGCCCGUCAUCUGCCCGUAUUUUGUGGCCCUGGCUUGCUACAUUGCAAUCUGGCUAUCACUGAGAAAGAGCAAGAAGACCAUGCUUGGGCAUAACCUACUAGAGGCUCCGAAACACAAGGUGGCGGCACCAAAAAGCCGGAUCAAGACUUCGUCGGUCCCUCAAGAAGGAAGCACAAGUCACCGGGUGUCCAUCGUGCUUGAAGAGGAAGGCAGCUUACGAAUAGGAAGCAUGGUUGUGACCCCGAGCUCGAGAGAUGACAUCGAGAAUCUGCCAGGGGUGCCCGAACACUCCGCCAUCAUCAAGACCAAAUGUAGCUGGACCAAGACUCAACAGGAUAGCGGGGAGCCUUCCGAAGCUGACCAGCCACAGACAAGUGCUGCACCAAGUGCUGAAGACAACAUAACCAACAUCAGCCUGCCCGCAUCUACCAUCGGCGGCGACAAGAUCCAAUCAUCGAUCCCAUCAUUACCACCUGAAGGAGGGAAAAGAGCAGUCAAGGAGUCGUUGUCACCAUCCAGACGACAACUGGUACUGGAGCCUGAGAGCAGUGGGAAGAAAGCACGGAAGAAGAUCGGAAGAAGACGAGCGUACAUCCACGAAGAGGGUGACAGCGACUUGACCACGACAGACAGCAACCUCCCCAACACGACGGUACACGACCUCUCCACGACGGUGUCCGUGUCCCGUUCGAGCUUCAACAGAGCUGAGGGCAACAUCGCAGGGAGACGAAAGAAGCCACGACGACUCCAUCUAUCGCCGGCGGAGAAAGAGAUGCUGAAGAUGAUGGUGGCCGUCUUCAUCAACUACGCCUUGUGUAACCUGCCCAUGACGGUCAUGGCCUUGGCGGAGAACGGCGACCGUGUUCCCGAGGAGGCCUUCCUGGUAGGAAUGCUUCUGUGGGCCGGUAACGGCGCCAUGAAUCCGAUCAUCUAUGGGUUCAUGAACACGAGAUUCAAGCAAGGAUACAGAGAUAUCUGGAACAGAUUCACAAGGCUGUUUCGGUAG